GGUGUUGACCUGUAGCAACUGCACUCAGACAUCAUGAAACUUCUGAUCUUGGCUUUGUUCAUUGCUGGAGCCUACGGUUGUGGGCAGCCCAAAAUUGAUCCCAUCCCUUCUAGGGUUGUGGGUGGUACUAAUGUUAGACCAAACAGCUGGCCAUGGCAGGCAUCUUUCCAGUACCAGAGUGGCUCUAGCUUCUACCACACCUGUGGUGGUACUCUUAUCUCCAGAGAGUGGGUCCUGACUGCAGCUCACUGUGUUGGCAGCCGAACUUACAGAGUCUACCUGGGCAAGCAUAACCUGGCAAUCAGUAAUGAGGCUGGCUCCAUUGCAAUUUCACCUGCUAAGAUUAUUGUGCACGAGAAGUGGGACUCCUACAAUAUCCGCAAUGACAUCGCUCUGAUCAAGCUGUCGACACCAGUUGAGAUCUCUGACAGCAUCUCGCCAGCUUGUCUGCCUGUGGCUGAUGACAUCCUGCCCCACAAUUUCCCCUGCUAUGUCACUGGCUGGGGACGUCUCUGGACCAAUGGCCCCAUUGCUGAAGUCAUGCAGCAGGCUCUGCUCCCUGUUGUGGACUUUUAUUCCUGCAGCAGGUCUGACUGGUGGGGCAACCUGGUGACCGACCUCAUGGUUUGCGCUGGUGGAGAUGGCGUGGUGUCCAGCUGCAAUGGUGAUUCUGGUGGCCCUCUGAACUGCCAGAGAGCUGAUGGUACCUGGGAUGUUCAUGGUGUUGUGAGCUUUGGCUCCAGCUUGGGUUGCAACUAUCCCAAGAAGCCCUCCGUCUUCACCCGUGUUUCCGGCUACAUUCCCUGGAUCAACAAUGUGAUGACCUCUAACUAAAUUCUGGAAGGCCUGGUUACUUCAUAAGCAUCACAAUUGUUAACUGUGUGAAUCAAUAAAUAAGCAUUAUUUUCCCA